AUGGGUCAAGGGCUGAGUGGUGGGGCAGUGCUGGGCACGGCGCUCUCCAUGGCCGCCGCCCCUGCCCGAACGUCUCUGGCAAAUCACGCCUUAAUCAUCGCCGCCUGUGCUGGCAUCGGUUUGACCCUCGACUUCACCAGCGACUGCCUUGCGAAAGAAGGGAAGAUCAUGAUCCACCGCGACGUGGUGCUGAACGCGCACGAUGUCCUGCGACAUGUGUACACCUUCUACGCCCCAUGCGAUUCCAACGCGAUGGCGAAGCUGUUCCGUCAGAAACACGAGUGGCUUGUGCUCGAGUCGCACGGGCGCAAGUUCUAUACCGUGCAGAAGUGCCCAGGCACCGGGGACGUCGUGAUGGACAUGCGCCUCUCGCUACGCGCUGCGAACGACGUGGGACUCGUGGUGGCCGGACGCCCCACGCAAACGGGCGAGAUUCAGCAACAUCGUGCGGACAUGGAAUUCGACAUCCCGAACGAGGUGCAGGUGGCGUACAUGAUUGCGUGGCUCCGCAAGGAGGACCCUCGCUGGGCCUUUUCAACCGAGAACAGUCGCCAAUUCACCACGCGCGCCCGCUACGCUUUGAACGACUUCUGA